CCACCACCGGAAAAAUGAAACUCCGACCAUGGUUAUCAAUAUGCUCCGCCACCACCCACCUUGAAACACCCACACCACCAUCACCAUCCAAACUCUUAAUGCUCUCCGACACAGCUAGCAACAACAUUUCAGACACCACCACCACCACCAGCUACAGCAAUCACUCCUGCCAAAAACCUUCCCCUGAAACCCUAACUCUAUCCCUCAAACCUCUCCCACCAUCCCACGUCAACUUCCUGGCCGUCCAUAACCACCUGCUCUAUGCAGCCACCGGAAACCUCAUCCACGUAAUAGACGUCACAUCGUUCGCCUUACUUACCACCGUUAAUGUCGCUGGCUCUUCGUCAGGGUCCGUCAAGUCCGUUACUUUCAAUAACGGCAACAUUUUCACAGCUCAUCAAGACAAAAAGAUCCGAGUGUGGAAAUUAUCGGAAAAUAAACAGCACAAACACAUCGCAACGCUCCCGACGUUCGAAGAUCGGCUGAUCCGUUCGGUUUUACCUAAGAAUUACAUCAAUGUGAGACGUCACCGGAAAAAACUAUGGAUCGAGCACCACGACGCCGUUUCUGGACUCGCUCUGGUUACCGAUCAGUUAAUGUGUUCGGUUUCUUGGGAUAAAUACUUGAAAAUUUGGAGGACAUCGGACUUCCGAUGCGUGGAGAGUAUAAAAGCACACGACGACGCCAUUAACGCCGUUGUGGCUGCGGCGGAUGGCACGAUUUACACCGCCUCUGCGGACCGGCGGAUUAAAGUAUGGGCAAAACCUUUGAGAAAGUAUGAGCUAGUUGCCACGUUGGAUAAGCACAAGUCAGCUGUGAACGCUUUGGCAGUAAACGACAACGGAUCAUUGUUGUUUUCGGGGUCAUGUGACCGUUCAAUUUUCGUGUGGGGCAAGGAACACGGUAGUAACCGUACGCUGCUGACUGCCACAUUACGUGGUCACUCGAAGGCGAUACUUUGUCUGAUCAACGUCUCCGAUUUAUUGUUCAGUGGAUCGGCAGAUCAGACGGUUAGAAUUUGGCAACGUGAAGAAGAUGGAAAUUUUUGUUGUUUAAAAGUGUUGGACGGAUACAAAAGACCCAUCCGAUCACUAGUCGUGGAUCUGGAUGAAACCACUUUCGGAUUCGAACCCAGAUCCACAAUAAGAGUAUUUAGUGAUAUUGGUGACGGAGUUAUCAGAAUGUUGUUGAUUAAGGAUUUAAAUUAUCAGAACUUCAUAUCCACUCAUGUGCCCUAA